AUGCAGCCGGCAAUGAUGAUGUUUUCCAGUAAAUACUGGGCAAGGAGAGGGUUUUCUCUGGAUUCAGCAGUGCCUGAAGAGCAUCAGAUACUUGGCAGCUUAACAGUUUCUACCUUCUUGAAGUUAAAUAAAGCUAACUCUGGCAAAAAUGAUGAUAAAAAAAGCAGCAAGGGGAACAGCAAAAGUGAAACUGGUCCCGAAAGUGGCAAGACGGCUGUUGUCUUCUCGUUGAAAAAUGAAGUUGGAGGAUUGGUAAAAGCAUUGAAACUCUUUCAGGAGAAACAUGUCAACAUGGUUCAUAUCGAGUCCAGGAAAUCCCGGAGAAGAAGUUCAGAGGUUGAAAUCUUCGUGGACUGUGAGUGUGGCAAAACGGAAUUUAACGAGCUCAUCCAGUUGCUGAAAUUUCAAAGUACAAUUGUAACGCUGAAUCCGCCCGAGAACAUUUGGACAGAGGAGGAAGAGCUAGAGGAUGUGCCCUGGUUCCCCCGGAAGAUCUCUGAGUUAGACAAAUGCUCUCACAGAGUUCUCAUGUAUGGUUCUGAGCUUGACGCCGAUCACCCAGGAUUUAAGGACAAUGUCUAUCGACAGAGAAGAAAGUAUUUUGUGGAUGUGGCCAUGGGUUAUAAAUAUGGCCAGCCCAUUCCCAGGGUGGAGUACACGGAGGAAGAAACAAAAACAUGGGGCGUUGUGUUCCGAGAGCUCUCCAAACUGUAUCCCACUCAUGCUUGCCGGGAGUAUUUGAAAAACUUCCCUCUGCUGACUAAACACUGUGGCUACCGGGAGGACAAUGUGCCUCAACUUGAAGAUGUGUCCGUGUUUCUCAAAGAAAGAUCAGGCUUCACGGUGAGGCCGGUGGCUGGAUACCUGAGUCCGCGAGACUUUCUGGCAGGACUGGCCUACAGAGUGUUCCAUUGCACUCAGUACGUCCGGCAUGGCUCGGACCCUCUCUACACCCCAGAACCAGAUACAUGUCAUGAACUCCUGGGACAUGUUCCACUACUCGCGGAUCCUAAGUUUGCUCAGUUUUCACAAGAAAUAGGCCUGGCAUCUCUGGGAGCAUCCGAUGAAGAUGUUCAGAAACUAGCCACCUGCUAUUUCUUCACAAUUGAGUUUGGCCUUUGCAAGCAAGAAGGGCAACUACGGGCAUAUGGAGCAGGACUACUUUCCUCCAUUGGAGAAUUGAAGCAUGCUCUUUCUGACAAGGCAUGUGUGAAAGCCUUUGACCCAAAGACCACUUGCUUACAGGAAUGCCUUAUCACCACUUUCCAGGAAGCCUACUUUGUUUCAGAAAGUUUUGAAGAAGCCAAAGAAAAGAUGAGGGACUUUGCAAAGUCAAUUACCCGUCCCUUCUCUGUGUACUUCAAUCCCUAUACACAGAGUAUUGAAAUUCUGAAAGACACCAGAAGUAUUGAAAACGUGGUACAGGACCUUCGCAGUGAUUUGAACACAGUGUGUGAUGCCUUGAACAAAAUGAACCAGUAUCUGGGGAUUUGAUGCCUGGGACCAUUGUCAUUGCCAGAAUGAUCUUUCUGGGGCUUAGCAGCAAUUCAAUCAAUGUCAUAUAACACCAAUAACUCUCUGAGUCAUGGCUUGGCUACUGAGCAUGCAAUUCUGUACAAUUCUGCAUAUCUCUAUUUACUUGUAAUUUACUGUGUUAAUGUGUGAAACACCAUAAAGAACCCAAUGACAGAUAACCACUCAUUGUUUGAAAUAUUGUAACAUGUUUAAAUGUCUUAAGUAGAUUUGACAUUCUUGCUUGGUGUCCUUAACCAAACUGCAGCUAUUUAAAAUUUGUAACAAAUAGCCCUCUUAUGAUUCUAGCUUAUUACUUUUUCUUUCUCAGAUCUGAGCUUUUCCUCUGUGUUCAUUAGAUAAAAUGAAAAUAGCAGUGAAACUGUUUCUAUUUUCUAUAGUAUCAGUGUUUCCACAGCACUAUUUGAGAUAAACCCAGAAUUGUGUGAAAACUCCCAUCACAUUAACAAAAGAUACAGUAUUUUGUUUCAAAAAUGAAAACUAGUGAACCCACUGGUUGGAAUGGUUUUUAGGUUGAAUAUUUAUACAAUGUUAGAAAAGAGAACAUUUUGCAAAUGGAACGUGUAGGUGGCAUUGACCAUGUAUAAACUGAGUUGUGGCAUGCUUUCCAAAGUAUUUUGGAAGAAAAUACUUCCAGAAAGGACAUUAGGAAAGACUAAACAAUGGGCAGAAGGUCUUGGGACUAUGAAUUUUAUGCUGGAAUAAAGAGAAUUAUCAUGCUCAGGUGUUUAAUCCAUUUGUCUUAGAGAACAAUAAUAUCAUAGAGCCUGGGUUUCAAAACUGUGGAAAUUGCGUCUCAGAGAAGUUAAGUGAUUUGCCCAAAGCAGCAGUUAAUUGUGCACUAACAUUUCCAGCCCAUUGCAUGUCACUUUUGGAUUGCUAAAUUCAACUUGGUAUAUUUGUGUGUAGUAGAGAAGGGAAAACUAAUACUUACAAAACUAUGUUAAUCGCUAAAUAGGAUUUGGUUUUUGAUCAAGGGCUUCCAACAGCACAGAUAUUUCCUCUCACGGCCCCCAAACCAAGCCAGAUCUCUGAGAGUUUGUCCAGUUUGCCCAAAGUUUGGGCAAAUUUGGGCAGAUAAUGGUGAUGCACCACAAAUCUCUAGCCAUCUUUGCCGUAAGAGGUAUAAUCAGGUGACUAAGUGAACAAAUAAAAAU